AUGCCGUUGCGAACUCUACUGCCGUCGAAGCCUGCAUCAGGUCCUCUUCACCGGAGACAUAGCAGUAUCGUCGAAGAUCCCCCCUCGACUUCGGCCAGCAGCAAUGGGCCGCCCACUCGCACUCGCAGUCGUGGUAGCUCAUUGAAGAGACUGAGUUUGAGUCUGUCGCGGACAAAUGAAGAACCCUUCCCUCCAUUUUUGACGCAGGAUCUCGAAGGACUUCCCUCCCACCAACCCUCUGUCCAGCCUGAUGGGCCUUCCCACCAACCUGACCUGCCAAAGAGUGCCAGCACUCCGAUAACCAGAUCAUCCACGCGGAUUGACGGAGAAGCAAGGAACGGGCUUCAAAAUGACCUCGACUCUGGUCCGUUGCCCAUGCCUCAAAGACUGUCACUCUUGGGAUUGAGGCAUGCGUCGGACCCCCAACUGUCUACCAGAUUCAAGAACGAGGAGAUCAGUCCUUCGAAUGAUGUCCCACCGCCCACUAUUAUCACGACCGCGCCUACGACAAACGAAUUCGACGAGCCUAUCCAGAAGCCAUCGAAGCGAAGAUUGUUUGCCCGAGCGCCAAGUCCUUUUCGGAAGAGUCACAGCUUUAGACGCACUAUUCUAGACCCUUUGAAGAGUACAGCUACAGAAGAUGGGCAGGAUGAGAAAGGGAGCUUGGCAAAGCCAGGGAUACUAAAAGAAUCCACCUCUUUUGAGCGCCUCCCGCGACCGAAGACUGGUCAUUCUGGCGGGGAGCCACCUGCGUACGGUGACGAAUCUUCGUCCUCGCUGGCGAUCCCCAUUACGAGACUGUCGGAAUCGUCUCGAUCAGAUGACAGUUCUGGCGACCACCACGUCUACGCAAAGACCACCACUACACACACCAUCUCUACCACCACCACCUUCUUCAAACUCAAGAGGCGGAAGAAGAACAAAGGUCCACUAUUUCCGCUGCCCGAAAAGUUUGCAACGCCUGCCUCUGGCCGAACCACGACUUCGCACACCCCUCAAGAGUCCCUCUUCGGGAGAAAAUCCAUGUCGCCGAGUAGGAGAUCAAACACGGCCGUCAGAUUUGAUACUGAGCCAAGUCGACAUGGUUCUGCAGUUCCUUCACCGACUCAUUCUGCCGUGGCACUUACCAAUGCUCCAUUUGGGUCACCGGGGGCCACCAUCGUCCGACAAGACUCCAACUGGUCCACACACUCUGGUCAAUCAACUCCGUCAGUGACUCUUAUCCCUCCGCGAGUAUCAGGGAGAGGACGGUCCUCAACCCUGAGUUCGCUGGGAAAAUCGACCGAGAGGUUAUCUGACGCAGGUCCUCAGCCAGCCUCAACGCGUACGUCGACAUCGACGAGUGGCAGGAGAAGCUUUGGCGACCUGUUGUCUCUUCCUCACAGACUACGGCAGAAUUCUGCACCACCUACGCGCCCAGGUGCCGGGUCAGCUCCAGGAACGCCAGGCUCGAAAUCCAACUCGUUACAUAUUCCUCGAGAACCAGAACCAGAGCGUGUGUAUCCCAAACGAGAGGAUGGCGAUACGCCGGCUAGUUAUCUGGAAAAACUCGAAGCGGCAGUCCCCAGAGGCGCGAUGGCAUCCAUUCUUUGCAAGAGCGGAGACGACUUCUCCAAAACUUGCUUGCGCAAGUACAUGCGUGGCUUUUCCUAUUUUGGCGACUCCAUUGACAUGGCCAUCCGUAAAAUGUUGAUGGAAGUAGAGUUACCCAAGGAAACUCAACAGAUUGACCGACUCCUGGCCGGGUUCGCGGACAGAUACUACGAAUGCAAUCCGGGAAUCUUCUCCUCGACUGACGAAGCAGCUUUUGUUGCGUUUUCCAUCCUUCUCCUUCACUCGGACACGCACAAUAAGAACAACAAACGGAAGAUGCAGAAACAAGAUUAUGUCAAGAACACCCAACAGGGGCCGGUUCAGAUCUCAAGUGACAUCCUCGAUUGCUUCUACGACAAUGUGUGCUACACGCCCUUCAUCCAUUUCGAAGACGAGGUCGCCGUUAACAGUCACCGUCUGUCGGCGCCCAAGCCGAAGAGAAGCUUAAUCAAGACUAGAAGCCUCGAAAGCCUCCGCGGUCCUGUCGAUCCCUACACUCUGAUCUUGGACAACAAGCUGGACGUCUUGCGGCCGUCUCUGAAAGAUGUCAUGGAUACAGAGGACUGUUAUUGUUCCACAGGCACGUCUGGUGUUCUCGAGACCGAUCAUCAUCAUAGAGCCUUUGUGAACUCAGCCGUGUUGCAGAUCGUGUCUGCCAGGUCGAGGCCAGAUGCUUUCUUAUCUCAAGUCGGCAUUAGCAAUCCUGGUGAAGCGCAAGCUGGGCUGGUCAGCAUCAAGGUGGCAAAAGUGGGAUUGCUCUGGCGCAAGGACCCAAAGAAGAAGAAAGCCAAACGCCCGUGGCAGGAAUGGGGCGCUAUUCUGACCGACUCGAAGCUCUACUUCUUCAAGGAUGUCGGAUGGGUCAAAAAGCUGAUGGCGCAAUAUGACGCCCAUUCCAAGUCCAGCAACAGGUCUGCUUCUCUCGUCUUCAAGCCGCCGCUGACUUCUUUCGACCCGGACGCGCUGAUGUCUAUGGAUGAUGCCGUGGCGUUACUGGAUUCGAGCUACAAGAAGCACAAGAAUGCCUUUGUUUUCAUCAAGCAUGGUGGUUUCGAAGAAAUCUUCCUGGCUAACAGCGAGGUCGAAAUGAACGACUGGAUUGGCAAGCUCAACUACGCAGCCACUUUCCGCACCGCCGGAGUGAGGAUGCGUGGGCUCCUGGGAUCCAACUAUGAGGCCCGUCAUCUUGUUCGAAAGGACUCUGAUUUCUCAACCAAAAGCGGAGACACUCCACAAAAGGACAAGAGGGGCGACUCUCAGAUGGCAUGGGAGAUUAUGUUCUACCGCCGGCAACUGAUCAACGAGAAAAUCAGCGACUUCGACGAGAGGAUUGCAGUGGCCCAAAAGGAACUCGACCAUCUCCUCCGCAAUGCGCGGCACCUGCUCAUCCUGCUCCCCAUUCAGCAGAAGACUCGUGAAUUUCUUGUUUUGGCUGCUGGCCGGAUGUCCGCCAAAUUGAAGUGGACUAGGGUGGAACUUUGGAGAACGAGAACUCACCGAGACAUUCUCUUCAAAGACCUCGAGGAGGAGGGCGCCACUGCGUUCCCUGCUCCCAAAGGAUCAUUGACCACGACGCCUCAGAAGACAACCCCUCUAAAGACGGGCCAGGCAGAUCUUGGACGAACCAUCACCGACACGAGCCACGUCACCUUGUCACCGAUCAGUGCUACUUCCUCGAGGCCGUCCAACAUCAUUGAGAAGCUCAAGACGUCAGAAAACGUCAGUAUGCGAACUGACCACAGCACGGUCGAUCUUCCAUCGACCACCAGUCCAUCCUUGUCCGCAGAGCCGUCUCUAUCAAGACACGAAAGCAUUCAAGAUUCUCACAGUCUUUCACACCAAGUGUCGUCCACCAGUUCCCGUCAUAGUCGAGAUAAAGACCGGCUUGCACGUGGGGCGGAUGAUUCUGAGGAGCGCGUCUUGCGUGAAGCAGGGCUGAUGCAUGUGGACGGUAAUGUUGCCCGCGAUAGGAGGCCCGACACCAGUGAGUCGGAAAGAGACCGCGUUGGGGCCAUGGCCGGUGCAGCUGAGCCUUCGUCCAAGACGGGAAGUGUCCGCCGAAGUCUCCAGCGCAGCUUGCGCGAGCCUCAUCAUCCCCAUCAUCCCCACCACCAUCACCAGUCCCCUAGUGUCCAUCGCCAUAAGAAGGCUAAGGAGUCGGGCUCUAGUUUGGCUACGACGGAGGAUGGAGGCAAGUCGGUGCACGGUGAAGCUGAGGAAUUGAGGCGAGGCGCAGGCAGUUUCAUACUGCAUGGCAAGAAGGCCAGUGUCAUUACCAUGUCUCCAGAAUGGCAGCACAUGUCUAACGAGGAGAGGCUGAAGUUGAGAAAGGCCGAGCGGGAAAAUGAAGAGGCGGUUGAUGGCAAGGCUCCCGUAUCUACGACACUCUACAAUCGAGACGCGACCUUGGGUACGGCGAACAACGCUUCUUCGACCCACGAAGAGGAAUGGGAUGACCGGUUUAGGUCGCCUAACUCGAGUCGGAAGCAAAGCUUUGCGACCACGUCAGGGGAACAGUUUGUGGAUGCGGAAACUGGGGAGGGUGAUGGUGCUGCCGAGGCGGCUAGUGGAGAGGAAGCUGAAAGGAAGUGA